AUCGCCGGAGAGACUCUGCGCAGCCACAGUCAAUGGCUCUGCGACGGGGGCGUUACCCGGCCCCGGCAGCUACCACGACCCCGCUCCAGGGCCAUGGCCGCCGGGAGCGGGCGACUAGCGUCGCCUGCUUUGGGCUGGGUGCGGGGCUCGGGCCCGGCCGUGUUGAGCCGCCUGCGCGACGCUGCCGUGGUGCGGCCCGGUUUCCUGAGCGCGGCCGAAGAGGAGACGCUGAGCCGUGAGCUGGAACCCGAGCUGCGUCGCCGCCGCUACGAAUAUGACCACUGGGACGCGGCCAUCCACGGCUUCCGAGAGACUGAGAAGGCGCGCUGGACAGCGGCAAGCCGGGCCAUCCUGCAGCGCGUGCAGGCAGCUGCCUUUGGCCCUAACCAGACCCUGCUGUCCUCCGUGCACGUGCUGGACCUGGAACCUCGGGGCUACAUCAAGCCCCACGUGGACAGCGUCAAGUUUUGCGGAGACACCAUCGCUGGCCUGUCCCUGCUGUCUCCCAGCGUCAUGCGGCUCGUCCACACCCAGGAACCUGGGGAAUGGCUGGAGCUCUUGCUGGAGCCAGGCUCCCUGUACAUCCUUAGGGGCUCAGCCCGCUAUGACUUCUCCCACGAGAUCCUUCGAGAUGAAGAGUCGUACUUUGGGGAUCGUCGGGUAGCCCGAGGCCGCCGCAUCUCAGUGAUUUGCCGCUCCCUGCCAGAAGAUACAGAACCCGGGGAGCAGGGACAGCCACCCCCUGCUUGCUGAUCCCUGAUACUCCCCUUCUCUCUCUGCUUCCAGCUUUUCUGAGAUCCUGAACUGGUAAAUAAAGGUGGAGAAGGUGGAGGAUGAAAA